CACAGCGCCAAACCUCCUCAAGUUUCGACGACCAUGGCGGCGAAGAGCAAAGCAAAGUCCAUUAUCGUGCGAAUGCUCUCCAGCGCACAGACCGGCUAUUUCUAUACCACAAAACGAGUGAAGCAGGGAGCUAGCUUGUCUGCAGUGAAGUACGAUCCUCGUGUUAAAUCCCGAGUUCUCUUUGUCGAGAGCAAGAAGACAGCCAAGAAAUAGACCUAUCUUGCCGCUCACUUUGCUUCACAUGGUCGUCACCGAUUCUGAUCAUCUUUUGUUAUGUACUGCAUCCGCUUGCCAUCACCUCUGUGUAACUCCCAUACAUUACCAGACUUCCGCAGUAUUCGACAUUGGAUAUGAAGGGCUAAUGUGAACGAUCCAUUGAUGGCGUUGUGUUGUGCCGACGACCUGGUUGGGUGCGAAAUUCGAAACGGGAUUUUGUUCGCAAUUGAAGGCGCCCAACUGCAUAAGGGCGUACUGCUCCAUGUUCAAUAUGAUACGCUGCUGAAAACCUGUUGACG